AGAGAGGUCGAGUUCCUCCGCACAGAGGCACACAUUUGCCUAUCUAGGGACAGUCUGCGUCUCUCGUGAGAGAUGGUCGCCCUCGUACCAGGCAACAUCAUAUCGACCACCCUGCAUAUGACCGGCGGCCGCAUCUGUGGAGUUCGGCUUUGGGUCUGAACUUCCUCAUCAAACCUAGCAAUACUCGGCCUAAUUGUGGAUCAGCCUGGAUCCCAAACUACACAGCCUCGUAGCGAUCGAACGGGACAUAUAGGGUGGGCAUGAGAACGUACCUCAACGCAUGAAACAACAUCACAGCUCCCAGAGCCUCGGAAGCCUCGGAAGCCUCGUCCAGAAACUGCAGUCAUUGGCAAUGUUGAACUUUACUAGGCCAUUUGUGCUAUGUGCUAUAGUACUUACCAGCUUCGCAGGCGCCGUCCCAAGCUGCCGACCCAAGGUAUUCGAGCACCUCGCCGACGUCCCUGACGGUUGGUAUCGAGGGGCACCAGCACCAGCACUCGCCCGUCUCAAACUCCAUAUUGCGAUUCGCCAGGAUGACAAGCACGCCUUCCUCCAGGAACAGUUGCUGAGGAUCUCCGACCCUGACCACGAACUCUACGGCCAACACUACGACGCGCACGAGCUCAAUGCACUACUACGUCCCGAGCGGGCAACCUCCAAUGCCGUGCUCUCCUGGCUCGAGGAACAGGGCAUUGCGGCCGAGGGGAUCGAAGACAAUGGAGACUGGAUCGGCGUCAACACCACCGUCAUGCAGGCGGAAACUCUGCUGGACACAACCUUCUACUUCUUCCACCACCCUCGAGACAAGAGCUGGCGCAUUCGCACACUCGAGUACUCUGUCCCCGACAGGCUCCAUCCGUACAUCCAGAUGAUCCAGCCGACGACGCAUUUCGCCCGUGCCCGCGCGGCCCAGCAGCCCGGUCCAACGACCAACUCGAUCCCCGUCUACGGGUCGGCAACCAAACUGAACGCAACAUACUGCAACACUACCACCUCGCCAGACUGUAUCCGUGCACUCUAUGGCAUCGGCAACUUCCGCGCCAACGCCAGCUCGGGCUCGCGACUCGGCAUCCCCGCCUUCGCCAGCCAGAACGUGCUCCGCUCGGACCUGGCGCUGUUCGUCGACAAGUGGGCGCCGUACGCGCGGGGCGCCAACUUCUCCAUCACGUCCGUGAACGGCGGGGUCAACAACCAGUCGACGGACGCGGCCUGGGCCUCGGAGGCCAACAUGGACGUCCAAUACGGCUUGACGCUGUCGUACCCGACGCCGGUCGACUUCUACAAGGUCGGCGGCCGCGGCCCGCUGAUCCACGACCUGCAGCUGCCCGACAUCCCCGGCGCGCUGAACGAGCAGGAGCCGUUCCUCGAGUACCUGCAGUACAUGGUCAAUCUGACGCGCGACAGGCUGCCGCAGGUGAUCAGCAUCUCGUACGGCGAGGACGAGCAGACCCAUCCCUUGUCCUACAUGCUCAGCGUGUGCCAGCUGUUCGCGCGGCUCGGGGCGCGCGGCGUCAGCGUCAUCACGUCCAGCGGCGACGGCGGGCCCGGCGACGGCUGCAUGACCAACGACGGGCGCAACCGGACCCGGUUCAUGCCGCAGUUCCCGGCCAGCUGUCCCUGGGUGACCAGCGUGGGCGGCACGGGCCAGGUGCAGCCCGAGAUCGCCGAGCAGCUGUCCGGCGGCGGCUUCAGCGACGUCUUCGCCCGGCCGGACUACCAGCGCGCGCCGGUCGCGACGUACCUGAACACCACGGUCAAGGGCGCGUUCAAAGGCCUGUAUAACACCACCGGCAGGGGCAUCCCGGACGUCGCGGCGCAGGCCUGGACCACGUUCCCCAUCUUCCACCUCGGCGCGGAGCAGCUGAGCGGCGGCACCAGCGCCGCGGCGCCCACCUGGGCCGCCAUCAUCGCCAACAUCAACUCCGAGCGCCUGUCCCGCGGCCAGAGCCCGCUCGGCUUCUUGAACCCCUGGCUGUACGGCCGGGCCGUCGGGGCGCGGGCGCUCACAGACAUCACCCAGGGGUCGUCCCACGGCUGCGACAACGUGACUAACUCGGGCCAGGAUGCGCCGGGCGUCCCUGGGGCCGGGUGGAAGGCUGUCAAGGGGUGGGAUGCCGUCACGGGGCUGGGCACGCCGAAUUUUACCGCGCUGCUCGAUUUGGCGGUGGGGAAGUAGCGGGGGUCUGACUCCGGUGAUGGAUAUAGAUAGCUAGGGAGGCCCUGUGGACACGUAAGGAAAGGGGGUUAUGGGAGUUGGUCAGGGCCCGUGUGGGACAGAAGGAUCACCCAGCCAAAAUCGGUACUAAGCAGGCCAUGCCCCUACAUGCCUACAUACAUCUCAUAGACAUCCAUCGACUCUACCGGUCUCGGUAGGGGGAGCAAGGCCCUCAAUCCAUCCGCCUCCCCCCGUCCAAGUACCCGCUGCGGUACGCACAC